AUGGCGUCAGAAAAAUAUGAUAAUGAAUUAACGGAAAAUGAAUUGGCCAAAUUAUAUACUUAUACACAGACAGUACAAGUUGGAGAGGAGAAUUUAAAGACCGAUGAGGCAAUCAAAAAUACAGAAUCCCAUAUUCAUGGCUACAUUCAGAAUGCUUUAAAUGAUCACUCUUUAAGCAGUGAAGCUCAUCCCAACAUACAAAUACCUUUCUAUGACGCACGUUUAAAUAUUGAGAAAAAUGAUGGAGUUCAACACUGGGAAUCAAUGCAUAUGUUUUUCAUGAUGAAAAGGAAAGAUACAGCAUCAACAUUUAAACAUAUUUGCUUUGUUAUCCUGUCUUUAUUAUUAUUUCCAAUUUUAUCAGUUGCUGUUGCCUGGUUUUCAUGGCCACAUUUAAUUGGAACAGAGGUUAUCUAUAUUAUGGCAGGCAUAGGAUACAGGCCGAAAUUUUUUGAGAAAUACUUCAGAAUUGUGGAAAAAGUUGAGCUGCAUGGAAACCCUAUAAUAGACACUUUCCCUACAGAUCACAAAGACAUAAAAAUGGCUUUACCCGCGCAUGUGGAAGCAAUGAAGGAAAACGGUAUCAUAUCCGAAAACGCUUCUGACGGUGAAGUUUUUGCAAGCAUUGCAACACUAAAGUUGGGAUCAAUGUACCAUAGGCGAGGAGUGAAGGAAUCAAAUGUAAAGAAGAGGAACACGCACAAAAAUGCUGUCCAUGAGUUGCCUGUGACUGCUCAAGUAAAUGACGAAUGCAAACAUUUAGACGUUUUGCUAGCCGCAAGGAAAGGCUUUAUUGGAAAAUGCAAUAAAAGUAAAUAAAUAUACAAUCAUUGCAGAGUAUAGUUUAGAACUUCGAUAACAAUUAUUUUUGUGAAUUGUCACUAUAUGACUUAGUGCCUCACAGAA